AUGGUGAGAAAUUCAUCCCUUUGUUUGUAUCUUUGUUAUCUUUUCUUUUUUCUCUUGUCUGAAUUCGUUGUGUUGUUUAUUCAGGCUUUAUCUAACCAGCAAAAUGUCGAGUGUCCAACCUUCAAGCUUCUCAUUGUUGGUGAUGCGGGAACCGGGAAAACCACCUUGGUCAAGAGACAUCUGACUGGGGAAUUUGAUCAGAACUAUGAACCUACUGUCGGUGUGGAGGUUCAGCCUUUAGAUUUCUUCACUAACCGUGGCAAGAUCCGUUUUGAAUGCUGGGAUACUGCUGGACAAGAGAAAUAUCGUGGUCUUAAGGAUGCACACUACGUCGAAGGUCAAUGUGCGAUAAUCAUGUUUGAUGUCAGAUCACGGAUCACAUACUAUAACGUUGACACAUGGUACAGUGAUCUCCGAAGGUACAAGAACCUUGUUGGUUUUUGA